AUGGCAGAAGGUUCAGCUGUUCCCACUGCCAGCAAGGGCUCCUGGGGUUCUUUCCUCAAGUCGAUAGCCUCCUUCAAUGGAGAUCUGUCGUCCCUCACCGCACCCGCCUUCAUCCUGUCGACUACUUCGCUCACAGAGUUCUCGGCAUACUGGGCAGAGAUGCCGUCAGUUCUAGUCGCUCCCGCGUCGGAAAAGGACAAGCAGAAGCGCUGCAUGCUCGUCUUGAAGUGGUUCCUCAGCACCCUCAAGCAACAAUACACAUCGCGCAACGAGAAGCUUGGUAGUGAGAAGAAGCCACUCAACCCGUUCCUGGGUGAGCUGUUCUUGGGCAAGUGGGUCGACCAGGCCGGCACCACCGAGCUCGUCAGUGAGCAGGUCAGCCACCACCCCCCGGUCACCGCAUACAGCAUCUGGAACAAGCAGCACGGUGUCCGCCUCCAGGGCUACAACGCUCAAAAGGCCUCGUUCGGUAGAACCAUCAACGUCAAGCAGAUUGGCCACGCCGUCCUCCACAUUGACGAGUACGACGAGGACUACCUGAUUACCCUCCCCGCUCUCCACAUCGAGGGUCUCAUCACCGGCUCCCCUUACGUCGAGCUCGAGAAGAGCACACACAUUGUUUCCUCGACCGGCUACACCUGCAAGGUCGACUACAGCGGAAAGGGCUGGGUCAGCGGCAAAAAGAACUCCUUCACCGCCACCAUGUACCCCAACGGUCGCGAGAAGGACGUCAUCUAUAUAGCCGAGGGCCAAUGGAGCGACAACUUUGUCAUCAAGGACUCGCACAAGAAGGUUGUCGACUCGUACGAUGCCAGAAAGAUGCAAAAGACGACCCUCACCGUUGCCCCCAUCGAACAGCAGGACCCUCUCGAGUCGCGCCGUGCCUGGAGCAAGGUCGCUGAGGCCAUCACCCGUGGUGAUAUGGACACCACUUCGGCCGAGAAGUCUCUCAUUGAGAACCAGCAGCGCGAGUUGCGCAAGAGAGAAAAGGAAGGCGGUGCUGAAUGGCAGCGUAGAUUCUUCACUCGCGUGCCUAACAGCCCACGCUUUGACGCCAUGAUACACCAGGUUCCUGGCGGCAGUCUCGAGGCUGACAAGACGAACGGCGUCUGGGAGUUUGAUGCCGCCAGAGCCAAGGCUGCCAACCCUGCUUACGACCUGUAG